CCUCGGAGCCGGCUGGGAGGCGGUGGGACCCUCCCCCGGGCGAAGGGCGGACUCCUGAACUAGCGCGCCCGCGAGACCCGGUGCCCGCAGUCACAAGAUGGCACCGACCGCAGGUCCUGGGUCCAAAAAGGGUAUUCUGGAACGCCUGGACAGCGGGGAGGUUGUGGUUGGAGAUGGCAGCUUUCUCCUAACUCUGGAGAAGAGGGGCUAUGUGAAGGCUGGGCUCUGGACUCCAGAAGUAGUAGUUGAACAUCCAGCAGCAGUUCAUCAGCUUCACAUGGAAUUCUUGAGAGCAGGAGCAAAUGUCAUGCAGACUUUCACUUUUUCUGCCAGUGAGGACAGUAUGGAAAAGUGGGAAGAUGUAAAUGCUGUUGCCUGUGACCUUGCUAGAGAAGUGGCUGACAAAGGUGAUGCUUUGGUAGCAGCAGGAAUCUGCCACACAUCAACAUACAAACAACUCAAGGAUGAAGCUAGGAUUAAAAAACUUUUCCAACUCCAGCUACAAGUCUUUAUCGGGAAAAAUGUGGACUUCUUGAUUGCAGAGUAUUUUGAGUAUGCUGAAGAAGCUGUGUGGGCUGUGGAAGUCUUAAAAGGAUCAGGGAAACCAGUGGCAGCGACCAUGUGCAUCGGCCCAGAGGGAGAUCUGCACGGCGUGACACCUGGAGAAUGCGCUGUGAAGCUGGUGAAGGCAGGGGCUUCAAUUGUUGGGGUCAACUGCCGCUUUGGGCCCAGUACGAGUUUGAAGACAAUGGAGCUGAUGAAGGAAGGCCUGCAGGCUGCAGGGUUGAAAGCACACCUUAUGGUGCAGUCCUUGGGCUUCCACACACCUGACUGCAACAAGGGAGGAUUUGUGGAUCUCCCUGAAUAUCCCUUUGCACUGGAGCCUAGAGUUGCAACCAGAUGGGAUAUUCAUAAAUAUGCCAGAGAAGCCUACAACCUGGGGAUCCGGUACAUUGGCGGGUGCUGCGGAUUUGAGCCCUACCACAUCCGGGCUAUUGCAGAGGAGUUGGCCCCUGAAAGGGGAUUUUUGCCACCAGCUUCAGAAAAGCAUGGCAGCUGGGGAAGUGGUUUGGACAUGCAUACCAAACCAUGGAUUAGAGCCAGGGCCAAAAGGGAGUACUGGGAGAAGCUGCUGCCAGCAUCAGGCAGACCUUUCUGUCCUUCACUGUCAAAACCAGAUGCCUAAGGAGUAAUAAAAGGAAACGCUGAGAGCCCUCACCUGGUGGCGCAGUGGGUUAAAGCACAGCACUGAGAAUCCAAAGCCGC